UGAAAACUAAAUCAUUCAUUCAUAAAUCACUUCCAUAUGCCCCAAAUUAAGCAAACAUUAAGUAUAUCUAUACUGGGAAAAUGAACUUAACUUCUCAAAAAUCAAGGACAAACUUUUGAUCAUGUAGGCUUAUUCCUCCCUGAGCCCGUCUUUGCCCAUGGACAACUAUAUGUGGCUCUUACUAGAUGUAAAUCUCAAAAUAAUAUGAAAAUUAUGAUUUUGCCAUCAAAAUUACAAGGAAAAAUUUUAAAAAAUGAUAAAACAUUCACACAAAAUAUCUUAUAUAAUGAAAUCUUAAAUUCAUAAUUUGUAAGAAAUUUAAAAAAGUCACCAACUUUGUUAUUCACCAUCAAAUCACCAACUUUACAUCAUCUUCAAAAACGAAACCACCUUGAGCAAAGAAAAGAGAACUUCUUCACCAUCGCUAAACCAUCUUCCUCACCAACAACAGUUAUUUACGGCAAACUACGAGCAAGGAAAUUACAACAUCAUCUUCAAAAACGAAACCACAUUGAGCAAAGAAAAGAGAACUUCUUCACCAUCGCUAAACCAUCUUCCUCACCAACAACAGUUAUUUAUGGCAAACUACAAGCAAGGAAAUUACAACAUCAUCUUCAAAAACGAAACCACAUUGAGCAAAGAAAAGAGAACUUCUUCACCAUCGCUAAACCAUCUUCCUCACCAACAACAGUUAUUUAUGGCAAACUACAAGCAAGGAAAUUACAACAUCAUCUUCAAAAACGAAACCACAUUGAGCAAAGAAAAGAGAACUUCUUCACCAUCGCUAAACCAUCUUCCUCACCAACAACAGUUAUUUAUAGCAAACUACGAGCAAGGAAAUUACAACAUCAUCCUCAAAAGCGAAACCACAUUCAGCAAAAAAAAGAGAACUUCUUCACCAGCGUCUACAUGGCCGGGGGGGGGGGGGGUAGGAGACAAAUGCCUCCAAAAUAUAUUAGCAUUUUUGGGGGUAGGUAUCGAUUUUAAGGGUUGAUAUUAAUUUUUUGGGGGUAGGCAUUAUUUUUUUGGGGGUAGGUAUUGAUUUUUGGUGGUUGAUAUUAAUUUUUUGGGGGUAGGUAUUGAUUUUUGGUGGGUAAUUUUUGAUUUGAAUUAUAAUAUUUUUUUAAUCCAUUAAUUGAUACGAUUAUGAUGGUUAUCGUUUGAUUUUCUGAAAAAUGUCAAUUAAAGUAAAGAUAUUUGUCAAUUAAUAAAUAAUAUAAAUUUUCUUUGUCAACGAUUUUCAUUUAGCAUUUUAUCAAGUUAAUAUUUACACAUUUCCUAUUUGGUACUUUUCUUAGAGAUUUUAGCAGGAUAAAUUUUAGGUAAUUUUUUGAGUCAUGCAUAAAAACAUAUAUCAGCAAGCAAAGAAUAAUAAAAAACAUAAUAUAUGCCAAGUAACAAAACCAUAUUUAAAGUUAAGUGCAAUAUUAAAAAUUGCAAAACUUCUAAAAUAAGAAGUGACAAGAUACAUGAACAUUAUAAACAUAAACAUCCUCAUGUCAAGCCAGCUGAUAUGAAAUUUACAAAGGUAGCCAUCAAAAGAGAUAAUAAUAAUUGGGUAUCUUUAAAUUGUGAUAUUCCAUAUAAUAUCACAAAUGGAGUUGAAACCCAGUUGCAAAAAAAGACAAUAACAUCUUACUUCCAAAAAAAAAUCUCAGUUAUUGAAGAUUCACAAAUUGUAUUAUCUCCUCAUCCAAUCCCCAGUUCCAGUGAGGUGUUUACUUUGUAUGAUGAGCAAAUCUCCAAUAUUGAAGAUUCACAAAUUGUAUUAUCUUCUCAUCCAAUCCCCAGUUCCAGUGAGGCGCUUACUUUGCAUGAUGAGCAAAUCUCCAAUAUUGAAGAUUCACAAAUUGUAUUAUCUCCUCAUCCAAUCCCCGGUUCUAGUGAGGCACUUACUUUGCAUGAGGGAAUAAAUUAUGAGGAUAUUCAAAGUCCAAGUCUUAUUCAGCUAUACAAAAAAAAGGAACCAAAUGACCCUUUUCACUUUAUAUUAUUUAGGAUGACAAAUAUUUUGAUAAAUUUCAUAAUUGCUGUAGGCCCUUGUCAGCCAUGUACAAAUAAAUUUCAAUAUCCUGUUACUAACAAGAGGAGCAUGAAUAUAACCUAUUAUAGAAAGGUUAAUAUAGAUGGUUCCCUCAACCCCAGAAAUUGGCUAUCUUAUAGCACUACUUUAGACAAAGUCUUUUGUCUAUAUUGUAUUAUGUUUGGUGGCCCUAAGUCCAAUACUUUUUGGACUCAACAUGGGGUAAAUAAUUGGAAAAACAUAAAGCGUGACUUAGAGAGACACGAAGCAUCUUCUCUUCAUAAAGAUUGUGAAUAUGCAAACAUGACUUGGCUUGCAAAUAAACGCAUUCAAGAUCAUUUGCUAUCAAAUAAGCUUGAUAUAAUCAUGGAAAAUCGUAAUAUAGUUCAUAAUAUUAUCAAUGCCAUUAUGUACCUUAUAAAAUGUAAUAUAGCCUUUUGGGGUUCUAAUUCGAAUGAAGGUAAUUUUAUGUGUCUCAUAAAAUUAAUGGCAAAAACGGUUCCAACUUUACGUGCAUACAUGGAUAACAACGAAAAAUUGCGGAGAAAAAAAUCAGAUAAAAUUUCGAGACCUUAUAUAAAUUUACUGUCAUAUGGCCACGUGAAAAAAAUAACUGAAAUUAUUAAGAUAAAAAUAACAAAAAGCAUUAUUCAAACAAUUAAAGAGAAUCGUGCCUAUAGCAUCAUAUUAGAUGGAACAUAUGAUGUGUCUAAAAAAGAAUGCAUAGCUUUGCUUGUACGGUAUAUAGAAGAUGAUCUGCAUCCACAUCCUGUAGAAAGGAUCAUACAUGUUUUUACAACAUCAGAAACCCCUGGGGAAAAUAUAAAGAAACAUGUUUUUUCUAAGUUUAAUGAUCUUGGUCUUCCUCUUGAUUAUUUGGUUGGACAAAGUAUGGAUGGUGCAGGGAAUAUGAGAGGAGUAUACAAAGGAAUGCAGGCUUUAAUAUUGAAAGAGGCUCCAAAAGCCAUCUAUAUUUGGUGCCAUGCACAUCGGCUAAAUUUAGUAGUUGCUCAUGUUUGUGGAUGCAAAAUUGAAAUGAAAAAGGCAAUGGGAAUAUUAGAUGAGUUAUAUAAUUUUAUGAAUGGAGUUAGACGUCAAGAUGUGUUUGUUAAAUAUCAAAUGAGAAAGUCCAAGAAAUCUCUUAAAAGAAUUAAAAACACAACAAGAAAUUGGUCAUCAUCCUACAAAUCUGUAGAAAUCUUUUUAGAUGUUUAUGAACAUAUUUUAGCAUCAUUAGUUGAAUUAAAAGAUUCUAAUGACCCAAGCACCUCUUCCAUUGCCGAUGGAAAUAUUGAAAUGUACACAUGAGGCUUGUAUUGAAAUGCAGGCAGUUGGUAAUGAUUUGGCUUUGGUAACCAAAUUAAUACAACAUACAAAAAAUAAAUUACAAAAACUAAAAGCUAAUGGAGACAAUAUAUUUUUAAAAUUACAUUCCUUAUCUAAUAGUUUUUUGAAAAAGAAUAAUGUAAUAACUGAUUUGUAUAAUAUGAAAUCAAUAUUCAAAUUGGAUCAAAC